AUGACAUUCUCAGGAAAGGAUGGUCUGGCAGCAACAUCCGGAGAUGUCCUCAAGGAGCGAGGGAAAACAUCAAGCUUCGGUGAAUCUCAAAAUCAGAAGCGAACCAAUUAUUUCAACAUCCCACUGAAAACGGAGAAAGCGUCUUCUUUCUCGAAGAGGAGCUUUAAGUCGGUAAAGAAUGCCUUUAAGAAAACUGGGCGGAGUAGUAGUCUACGAGCAACAUUUGGCGAUUCCCGAGACCCAAAUUACGAACACCUGGUCCAGAAUCUCCGUGAAUUACUCCUAUCAGAGGGUAAAAUACCCGAGAAAUAUGAUGAUUAUCAUACCCUUUUUCGGUAAAGUCCAAACUCAUAUUUUCUUGGAUGCAGUGGCUCAGAAGUUUCUGAAAUGCGUAGUAUUUUAAUCAUUUACAAGGAAUAUGCUUCUAUGAAGUAUCGUAAGGCACAGCUGAAUACAUCAUUUAUUUCAUUACCUAAAUAUACCAUAUUUAGAGGUUUUUUUGAAAUAUAAGACCAUUUAUGUCUCGUAUUAUCUGACAAAGUACCAAUUCCCUUACAGCUUCCUCAAAGCGAGAGGUUAUGACCUUAUAAAAGCGAAGGAUAUGUAUCUAAAGAUGUUGACGUGGCGUGAAGAUUGUGGUGUCGAUGUGAUUGGAAAAGUAAGAUUGCACCAAAAAAUAACUGUUGCGCCCUUACGGAUUUAUUGAUAUUUUUAUUCAUAUCUAUAUUUGGGGUUUUAUAUGCUUUGAUAAACAAAAUUAUGAGCUCUUCAACGAGUCAUAGAUAUAUCAGUUUAUGAAUUGCAUGUUAAAUUAUCUUAGUCUAGCAUUCAACCUUACUGGAUUCUUAGAUCGCUCAGUUCUGUCAUUCCUGCAUACGAUAUUGACUUUUUCCAAGCAUCAGCCAUCAAACAUACUUGAGUAUCAUAUAUAUAAGAAGAUAAAUUUUAGAUGCCAUCUAUAAUCGCAGGGGGAUAUGAUUAGAAGCAUAAGAAUGCUGCAUGAAAGUUUCUCAGUCAAUGAAAAUGACUUUCCUCCUCUUAAAAUAAUAAUUUCCCUUACUAGUGAAAGACCACAAAUUCAUUAAUACUACGAACUCUAUAUCAUCAUCAUGUGAUGCAUAUAUAUUCAUCUAUCAGACACUAAUCCCUAUGUUUUCCAUCAAAAUUCGUCGGCAUCAUUAUGCAAUUAAAUUUAAAAAAUGCUGAAAUUUCCAACGAGCCUCUGGUGACCAUUCUUUUAUGGUAGGAUGGCUUCGGACCAUUUUUUCGAGGAUUAUGGAACAGCAGCGAUUCUUCACUGCCAUCUGAUCCUUCCUGACAUAUCUUACAAGUUAGAUCUUUAAUCAGACCAAAUGCUGUAAGCUUUAAAGUUAGAUGUUAUUCACACGAGUCGGCCCAAGAUGAAAAACCCUGAUAUCUUCUGACACGUAAUUUAUUAAUAUCCCUUUCUGCCAUUAAUGUUGCUUUUGCAUUAUGCCAGAAUUGAAAUUUCAGACCUUCAAUUAUUCUUUACAUUUAUAUUAAAAAAAUUGGCAUCUUGUAUUUCCCUGCAUGAUGAUAAAAUUCAUCUAGUCUUGAAUCAUAAGGGUGCUUAAUUCCUUAUCACAUUGUUAUUCGUUUUCAAAAUUUUCCCAAUACAACAUUUUUCUACACAUAAUUUCUCUGUUAAAUAUCACUUAAUGCUUCACUAUUUUUCUCGUAUUUUUUUAACGUGUAGUGUAUAAUUGUAUAGAAUAUCCGAAACACUGUCUUGUUAUGUAUCUACGAAAUAUUAUAAAAUUAUAGCUUAUUCUUUCAUAGAAUUCAUCCCAUGCAAUAAAUCAUCCCCGUUUUAAUAAUGUCUUGACUAUAUUUUUUUGGUGAUGUUAUUCAGGAUUUCAAGUACGAAGAAUAUGAUGAGGUUAAAAAGUGCUAUCCACAUGGGUUUCAUGGAGUUGAUAAAUAUGGCAGACCACUCUACAUUGAAAGAAUAGGGCUUGUGGACCUUAGUGCAUUGUUAAAAGUGACUACAAUUGAUCGCUACCUGAAAUAUCACAUCUCAGAGCAAGAGAAGACAUUAAACUUGAGAUAUCCAUCAUGCUCUAUUGCAACCAGGAGGCAUAUAGCUUCCACAAUGACUAUUGUUGAUGUCAAAGGAGUGGUGAGCAGUAGAUAACUUGUUUAUUUGGAUGAUAUCUUUAUGGCGGUCAAAUUUAUACCUUGCAUUGGAUCUCUGAGAAAGAUCAACAUCACGUUCUAAAGUUAUAAUUUUUGGGAAAUUCCUUAUAUCAUUGCUAUGAAAUAUGGAUACAUAGUUUAGCUAUGUUGAGAGUUUUGAUUUGGCCUUGAUGAGGUAACUCUACAAUAAAUAGCGACAGUUUCAAGUGAAAUAAUGAAAAAAGCUCAUUUCUAAUUGAAAAAAAUAAUAUUGUGAUCGUGUAACCUCCAAGAGGUGUCGACUUUUUCUUUCUACCAAUCUGUUUUGCUGAGGAGUAUAAACACAUGUAUAAUACCCUUAUUCUGAAGAAAAGAAUUCAGAUUAUUGCUAAAGUAUUUUUUAGCAUUAUCUAACCUGAAUUUCUUUAUAGGAUUAUCGAAUUGGGUUUUGAUCAUUGCAUAGAAACGUUUCAACACAAUUGAAACUUCUGAUUUUUGCUUAAGAAGAAAAACCCACAUACAACGAGUGCAGUCAUCCACAAGGGUAACAAUAUAUUUAUUACCCAGUAGAUCUACAUUAGGACAUGGACUAUGGAUGCAAAAGAAAGGGAUGUCACUCCUUUCAUUUUUAAUUGGAAAAGAAACAUGAGUAUGUUUGGACAGUUCACAUAUGUCACACUUAAAGGUUUUUAUAGACACCUUUCGAAACAAGGAUAAAAACUCUUCAUAGUGGCAAAGGAAGGAUGGCCUAAUCUUUGAUGAAGGAGCUGAAUGUGAUUCAGAUCCUUAUGACAUUUUAGAGAUGGAUCCAUUUCCACAAAGACAAAUUUGGCUAGAUCCCUCCAAGAUGUAAAGUUUUCUUCGUUUUCUAAUAACUUCAAUUCUCUACUUCUAGACCUUAUCAAGGAUAACAUAAAUGUCUUCAUCAACAAAGGCACAAUAAGGUGUGUUUUUAACCAGGCUUUUACAGAAAUAAGGUUGGUGAAAAGCUUGGGAACAUGGAGAACUUUGGUGAGGAUUCUUAAAAGUUUAAGAGUCAAGUCUCCAAUACUAGCGACCAUAAGAAGUGUACCAUUAGUAAUAGACACUUUUCAAUCACUAAAAUAUGGAGUGUAGGUAAUAAAAUGAUAUGACAAAUUAUCAUAUGAUUUGUUGCUCCUGAAUCUAUUACCCUACAUUUAGUAUAUCUUGGGAUAGAGCUCAAACACCAAGAGUAGAGUGGAACUCACCAAUUUGAUGAUUUGUUGAUGCUUGUGAAUGUUGUGUUAUCAUUGCCUUCAAUUGCUCAAAUUCAAGAUGAAGUUUCUUUACUUCGUUUGAUGGAGUUGAAUCAAUAUUUUUUAGAUUUGUUUGUUCAAAGUUUUGAUUGGAUGAAGAAUUAAUUACCAUGUGAGCUUGAUUCACUUGAUUCUCAUAAUUCUGUGGUUUACCAUGGAGUUUAUAACAUUGCUCCCUCGUAUGACGGGGCUUCUUGUAAUAAGUGCACAAAAGAUUAUCUCUAUAAUUAUUUUUUUGAUUCUUUCCUUGCACAGAUGAUGAUUGAUGAUUCAGAUAUUCUAUUGAUUUAAUAGUAUGUCUUGGUUUAGUGAAAAAUAUUGUAUUACCUGACUCUUGAGUAGACAAUAUUAAUUUUUGACUAUUCUCUUCAUUCUGUACAAUUGAUAUCACCUCAUUCAGAUCUGGUCUCCUUUCGUGUCCCAAAAUUUGUUGUCUGAUAUAAUCAAAAAUAAGACUUAAACUAGACAAAAAUUUAAAGACCCACCUUUGUUCUAUGAAAUUUCAUAAUGUAGAAAUUUCUUUGGGUUCUGUAGUACCAAGAUCAAGAUAAUAAUCAAGCUCUUGUCAUAGAUUUUUAAGUUCUCUUGUGUACUCCAUCAUUGAUUUCAAACCUUGAGUAAGUGAUUGAGAUUUUAUCUUGCUUUCAUAUACGUGUGACUCAUUGUUUUUCAUUGAAUAUUUCAUGUGUACUGUUCCUCACAAAUCCUUUGUAGUUUUCAUAAAGAAAAAAUCAAUCUCUAUUGAUAUGAGGAAUUAUUGUUCCCCAAAUCCAUGUCUUUAUUUAAACAUCCUCCUCUCACUACUUUCUAAAUUGCCUUGACAUUAGAUUUGGUGUAGUUUCCUCUAGAUGAUGUAGCAUCCCUCUAGUAGUAAGAACUUAAUAUAUUCUGACCAUUGAAUGAAAUUAUAUCCAAUCAACUUAAAUUUUGUAGGUAUGGUAGAGAGUUCAAUCAUUAAUCAUGAUGAUACAUGAUUGACUUUCAUAAUGGUGGUAGAGACAUCAUUUACUAAGGUCUCUCGUCCUUCAGACAAAUCGAAAUAUGAACAACUGCUUUCUAAGUAGAAAAGAAAAUGUAAUUAUUGUACGUCUUCAAAAGAAAAUCAAGAAAUGUCUUGAGAAGGGUUCAAUAAACUAUAUUGAUCUUCUAAGUUCUCAAGAAGAGGCUCACAUAAACAACAUAGAUCUUUUAUACAUAAAGAGAUAAUAAGAAAAGAGCAAUCACACCUGGAUUUGCUUUGAUACCAUGUUGAAUUUUCUCUAGUUCAUUUGUUUUUGAAGAAUGACAAAUCUUCUACUAUAAGAAAAAAAGAGCUUCUAUUCACCACAUAUGACGAAAAAUAAUUCAAGAAGUCUUUUUACUUUGACACAGGGGUUUGUUAUUUAUAACAAAUCCAUGGGAGAAGGUUAUAGACAUAGAGCCUUACAUCUCGAGACAUGCAAGUGAUGUUCAUAUGCUUCUUUAAGUGAAGCACAUGAUACACCUCACCCAACUGCUAAUACAAUAUUUACAUUAUAUUUUAAUAUUUUCAUUAGUCAUAAGAGUUAAACCAAAUUUAUUUCCUAAAAGUCAAUCCACAUCACUAUAGUUUGUAUAUCUUUAGUAAUUUGGUUAGAUUCCCUUUUAUUUCUUGUAAAAUCUACAUUAGUAUACUUCAAUUAAUGAUAGUAUUUUAUUCAUUUAUUGAAUCAAACUUUUUUUAGGUUCAAGCAACUUAAAGUCAUUCUUUAAACACAUUCUAGUAAGUCAUCCACAAAAAUUUCUAUUUAUUUCUGUCCACUUGUAAUCUUUGUUUAUUCCAAAACCUUGACAACUUCUCUAAUCUAUGAUUUAUGAAGUUAGUAAUCCAUGAUUCCUUGGUAACAUUUUUAAGUAGCACAGAUUGACUCUAGAAGUCAUUGAUUUUUUUUAAUUUAAAUUCGUCAUUUUUAUCUUCAAUGUUAGGAUCUAUGACUUUAAUACCUCGAUACCCAUUGAGGUAUCAUAAUAGUUUUAGAACAAUUUUUCUCAUUUAAUAAAUUUUUAUCACUGCUAUUCUUUCAUUCAUGAUCUUGUAUGUUGUUAUCAUUGGAUGUGAUGGAGAACUACAUUGGACAUAACCAAACUUUGUAUAUUUCUAAGACAUUUUCAAAUUGAAUGAUGUGAUUCUAAUUAAAAAUUUCUCAAUAUUUCUCUCCCUACUUUCCCAAUUAUCGAUGUUACCCUCCUCAUCUCAACUGCCUUUAUUGUUUCUCAAUUUCACUUAACCACAUUUUCCCUCAGAGUUGUUACAUGGAGGCAACUCUCAAAAUUUUAGAAGCACCUUCUUUCAAAUGGAAUGUCAAAAGUUAUCUUCAACUCAAUUUUUAAUUUUCUUGUCAAAGACUUCCCCAAUAGUUCUCGUACGUCACAUGACUGAGGCAAUGUAUUGAAAGCGCUCUACUAUUGGGACUGUAUCAACUAAUUGUAAUUCUCAAUUGAUUCUCUAAAUUCUUUGUAGUCAAUUUGAAAAUUGUGAAUUCAUUUUUCCCACAAAUGAACUUCAAUAAUUUUCUCUAAUUUAUUUAUCUAAAUUCAUUAACUCUUUUUCAACCUUCUUCUUGUACACCUGACAAGGAUGAUGCUAUCUAUAAAGAUUGUGAAAAAAGGAUAUGGUUCGUUAAUCAUAGAAUUUAUGAGUAAAUCAAAAUUAACAAUAGUUAUUGCCGACCUUUGAUAGAGAUCACUUGUUACAAUAAUUUACUUAUUGGAUAGUACAGUUCUUACCCUUAUGAAUGCUUUUUCAUACAUACACAUCAAAGUUUCACAUCUUAGUGUUUACCUCCUACCUAAUAUAUCUUCAAUAAUCAAGGGUAUUUCCUUUUUAAUAUUCUUAAAGUUUAUGCAUUAUUUUUGUCAUGCAAAGAGUCUUUUCCUUGUACCACAUCAAUCCGUCAUCAUUUGAACUAGUCUUCCUCUUAGUGACAUAGGAUUCCUCUCAAUGCAUCAACAGCCUUGCCCAUAAUUUUUUAUUGUACUAUGGAAGCUUAGAAUAUAAUUAAAGUUAUCUUGGAGACCUUGCAUGUCUUUAUAAGUGAGAGUUACUCUGAUCAUGCUUAUGCUACUUUGGCAUUCGUUAGGAUUACAAUCACACAACUGCAUUUUUAAAAGAACUCCAAUGUAUAAUUAUUUUGAUGAAUGAUAUUGUUCUUAUAAAGAGUACAAAAUAGCAUUAACAUGAUUUUUUUGUUUCUCAUUUAACUAGUGUCACUUGGGUUUUUUGUCUUCGGUCAAGUGUUUCUUGUUAUAUGUGACUAUUAUUUAAAAAACCAUAUUAUUUCAUGACUAUUAUUUACUUCUAUUAAUAUAUGCUAAGUAACUCCAUCCUAUCAAGUCACUAUUAUUUUUCUUUCCCUUUCUAUGAUUUAUAUGCUGAUUUAUUUAAUUAAAAAUAUUUGAUAGUAAAGUGGGACCGAGUUAAUGUCUUGUCAUGUAAGGGGAGAAACGCAUCACUUCCUAAUGACAAUCUAUAGAAUGCCAAUGUACUCUUUUAUUUCUAUAAUAACAAGAUCUCAUUUUUUGCGAGAUUAUAAUAGAAAAACCAUGUGACUUAGGCAUUGACUUUGGAUCCCAAAUAGGGUUCUUUUUAGAUAAAAAUAUAAAUUUACUUUUGAAGUAGAAAAUUAAUAAUUUCUAGAAAACUAUCACCUUUUGACAAUCAACUUAUGGUUUUUGUUUCACAAACUAGAAAGAUUAUUCAUCAGUAUGUUUCGUGCUUGUACUUCUUCUGUGUGUUUAAUGCAACAUAUUCAUAUUCAAUUGUCCAAUUCUAUAUCAGUAAUUUCACUUGUUUUAAUGUGACAUGUCUGUUAGUGUCAAGUUCUAUCUUAAUCCUUAGUCAAUUUUUUGCCUCCUUAACUUUUGGAUUGGUGCGUUUCUUCUCAGGGUAUAAAUAACUUUUCGAAGACAGCUAGAGAUCUCUUCACAGAAAUUCACAAGAUUGAUAGCAAUUACUAUCCCGAGGUAAUUUUUUAAUUAAUUAUAUAAUAUUUUAUCUUCUAUAAUUUUCUUACCAUUGUUGAUGUCAUAACAAAGUAGCUACCUAUGAAAGUGCAAGAGGAAAAGCUAGGUCCACUAAAAGUAGGUUUUUUUUUUAUUACAUAAUAGUUUUUCUAUAGAAUGUAGAUAAAAAAAUUAUUAAGAUUUCAUUUUGGUAUAAUUUUUAUUUUGAUAGAAAUCUUAUCCCAUACCUUUGUGUUGCUCAUCUCCCCACAAAGUUGUGUAAAAACAAUUUUUAUCAUGAUCUAGUUGUUAGGAGCAGUCUUGCAUUCAACUUCUGCUUAAAUUGUUUAAAUGAGUCUUUUGUUAGUGUGAAAUUUGAAACUGGUCACAUUAGUGGUGAUUUCAUUCACUAAUAUGCUGCAUCUGUUUAUUUUUCUCUUAUGUUGAACAAUCUCCCAUAUCCUUGAUCAUUGUGGUCAAUUAUAUAUUUUCUUUUUGUAUUAUGAAAGCAUAUGAUUUAAUUCCUUCACAUAAUCUCAAACUUCACCUUUUAUGGAUGAUCAUUUUUAAAUAUAUUUUUCAACAAAAUAUCAUUGAACCAAUUUCUCUCUCUCUCUAUCUCUCUCUCUCUCUCUCUCUUGAUGGUUACAGACCUUACAUCAACUAUUUGUCGUGAAUGCUGGGUCUGGAUUUAGGGUCUUGUGGAAAGUUCUAAAUCCAUUCCUAGAUACUCGAACGUUCUCAAAAAUCCAAGUAAUUCUCUUCUCAACCUCUAUUUGUUUCAAUAAUCAGGAGAGGGAGCUAGCGUAGUCUUGUUCGCUCCCUUUGAGAGCCCCCUCAACUUCAUAUUAAUGUGUAGACUUUUGUAGAUCCUUGGAAGCCAAUUCAAAAAUAAGUUGCUUGAAUCUGUGGAUCGAAGGUAAACUCUUGUGCUUAUACCCAUCAAAUCUCCAAUAGAUGAGAGAACUUAUCUCUUUGAGCAGCAACUUGCCAGAUUUCCUUGGUGGAGAUUGCACUUGUGCUGAGCAUGGAGGGUGCCUAAAGGAAGACAUUGGACCAUGGAAUAAUCUAGAAGUCCACCAUGCUUUGAAGGUGAGAACCAUGAAUACUCCCUAACUCUUUCUAUCAAUCUUAUUGGUUUGAGAAUUUAUGCAUCUUAUUAGAUGAUGUUGUUGAUAUCCAUCAAUCUUUGCUAAUAUUUUUUAGGAUUAUCAGGAGAAAAGAUGGCAAGGGCAGAACAGGGAGGGCCCACAUGAUGAUUUGGCCCAGAAAGAACCUCUGGCACCUCAGGUUCUUCACACUACUUACCUCGUUUCCAUUUCUACAUCUCCAUUUGAUCUGGCCACAACCUAUUUUGUUCUUCACUUGAAUUUUUUUAAUUGUUGAUUAAUCUUUAAAAUAUUCUUUCAAUCUUUGUUGUAAAGAAAAAAUUAAAACCUUAACACAAUGUACAUUUCACACACAUGCCAAUACUCUCUUCCACCCUCCCUCUCCCUCUCUCUCUCUAUGUGCAUAUGAAGAGAGAGAGAGAGAGAGAGGACCAACAUAUGCAUUCUUAAUUGAAAAUUAUCUUGUGCUCAUCUUCUCAUAAUCAUCUUAACUUGGCAAUAAGUUUCCAUAUGUUUAUGCAGGAUUUCAGCCAAACAAAGCCAUUAGAAGGACAAGUUGAUUAUGACAACAUGGCUCAACAGAUUUCAGCAUUAGAAAUUGAGCUGCAUGAAAUUGAGAUGGUGUGUAGUGGUAAAAACACGUAUCACUGAUUUAUUCAUGUAUACAAUGAGUUUUUGAAGUAGCUGGGUCCCCACCGCUUCUCCCCCACAGAUCUUACGGUCCCUCCUAUCAAGGCAUGGCAAGCUUGUGGAUGGCAUAAACCAGUUGAAAGGGAUGACUAAAUCUGUGAGUGCAUCUGUUCCCUCUAGACACCUAGUACGAUUGUUGAAUCAGCCAUAA